AUGUCAAUUGAUAUUUCAGACCAAAUAGCUGCCACCAAAGAUGUACCAGCUCCUGUAAUGAAAUGGUUAUUUGAUGUGGUUCAACCAAUAUAUAAUGAUCCAAGAACUGUGUUUCAUGAUUCUUUAGUGAUUCUGAGUCAAUUCAAAGAAAUAAGACCUAGAACAAGAGUAUAUACAAGUUCAAAAGGUAUCCCUCAGUUAUUAUUAUGUUUAUAUGGAAAGUUUGAUAUAUAUAACAACAAGAUUCCAAUAUUACUCUGGAUACCAAAAAAUUAUCCAUAUGAACAUCCCCUUUUGUACAUCGACCUAGAGUUGUUAUCUGAAUAUAAAGUAUCUAUGGGAAGAUAUGUUGAUUCAAAUGGAGCUGUACAUUUACCAAUAUUUGAUAGAUGGGACUCUCAACAAUGUAACAUUUUUAGAGUUAUAAAAGAAUUUUUAUCUGAAAGUUCAGAACACAUUCCAAUAGAACCUUUAAAAGUAGAAUCUCAAGUAAAUUUUGAUGCCAAAUCAAAUAUGGGAGCACCUAUAAGACUGCCCCCUAAACUCCCAAGGGAAUUAAUUGCAAAAGAUGUAUCAGUAGAUUCAAGUGGGUUUUCACAAUUGAGUUUGAACGGCAAGGUUAGUACAGCUCCAACUUUACCUCCAAAACAAGCUGUUAUAAUUCCCAAGAAUCCACAAUUACCACCUAAACCUGUGCAACCAAUAAUUCAACAUUCUGCUAUUUCUACUAACGUUAAGCCAAAAUCAAGUAAGGACCUUUCAACAUCAUCGAACGAAGUACCAGCUUUGCCUGAAAAGCCACCUGUACCUAGUACAAUCGAUUUAUUAGAUGUUGAAAUAAAUUCCAAAGCCUCAACAGAACUGCAUACCAACUUAUUAGAAGAACUUCAAACUUUGAUAAAUAAUUUACAAGGAGAUGAUUUAAGGUUUAUUAAAGAGAAUAUAUUAGUUCGUAAGAGAGGAAUUGAAAAUGCAAUAGUACAAUUUAGAAAUAUGUAUGAACAAGAAGAACUAAAAUUGAGUGAAACCAAAAAUGCUAUUGAAAACAAUAUGAACAAAUUAUCAACAGAGCUUAAAUAUGUUGAAGAACAAAACAAAAAUCUAAAAGAUUUUGAAAUGAAGAAUGGUGGAAACAUAGACACAAGUUCAAUACUCACCACAAACUCAAUUGCAUUAGAUCAAUUAUACAAUUUAGUUGCAAAAGACCAUGCAAUAUCAGACACUAUGCACUCGUUAUCCCAAUUGUUAAAUAAUGGGACAAUUACAUUAAAUAUUUUUGUUAAAAAAACCAGAGAAUUAGCUAGAACUCAAUUUUUAACAAGAGCAUUAAUCCAAAAAAUAGCAUCUCAUUUAAAUAACUAA